AUGAGCAAGGUUAUGGUUGUCUUUUUAAUUGCUGGCUACUUCAUAGUUCCUCAUACUGCCAUGUUUUCUCGGAGGUACAUCAGGAACAUGGACUUUGAUGAUAAAAAAUCAGAUGGCGAACUUUUAGGAGAGUAUUCUUUAUCGUUCAAAGACUGUGCAGAGAAGUGUCGGGGAGAUUGUGGGGUCUUUGGGUAUAAUGAUGGGUUGAAGAAAUGUCGGCUCCACAGGAAACUCAACAUGUCGUCAGCAUCAGAAGAGACAGACUGGAGAUAUUUCCUCCAUGAAUUCACCCCAACUGAUUGUAAGGAUCUUCAGGAAAACAAUUACACUAAAACAGGGGUGUACGACAUAUAUCCGUAUGGAAUCAGCUUUAUUCCUGUCCGGGUGUACUGUGACAUGGACACAAUGGACGGGGGAUGGACGGCAAUUCAAAAACGUGUCAAUGGAUUCCUCAGUUUUGACAAAGAUUGGACGGCCUAUAAAAAUGGUUUUGGUGACCCUGAACAGGACCUCUGGGUUGGAAAUGACGUUAUCCAUCAAUUAACAAAAGAAAAAUCUGUCCUAUAUGUGUCCAUUACUCUAGAAGGUGACUCUAUGUUAGACACAGGUUAUCCUAAGGAAUAUCUGUCUGGGAUGUACUUUAGUACCCCGGACAGGGAUAACGACUUGUCUAGAAUUAACUGUGCUGCUCGCAGUGAGAUAAGGGGAGGAUGGUGGUUUAAUGCCUGCCACUACGCCUUCCUUAACGGUCCGUGGUCCCCGGCCAACUGGGGAUAUCCUUGGUGGCCCCCUUUAAAGAGUGGAUCAUCAAUAAGGCGGACAGUCAUGAUGAUAAAACGCCACUAG